AUGAACCAAACCAUCAUUCUCGUGGCGCUAUUUCUGACUAUAGUAGUGAAUCUGCAGAACAGUUUCGUCGUUGCUGAGAGCAAGGUUUAUGUAGUUUAUUUGGGAGAGAAGGAGCAUGAUGAUCCUGAGUCUGUCACUAAAUCUCACCAUCAGUUGCUAUGGUCACUUCUUGGAAGCAAAGAAGCUGCUCUUGAUUCAAUAGUGUAUAGUUAUCGACAUGGCUUCUCAGGCUUCGCUGCCAAACUCACAGAGUCACAAGCCCAACAAAUCUCAGAACUCCCUGAGGUUGUUCAUGUCAUACCAAAUACAUUAUACGAACUUACAACAACUAGAACUUGGGAUUACUUGGACCAAUCUCCGGGCAAUCCGAAGAGUCUUCUACAAAAGGCUAACAUGGGAAGGGAAGUCAUCGUUGGAGUCGUCGACUCAGGAGUGUGGCCGGAGUCUGAAAUGUUUAAUGACAAAGGCUAUGGACCUAUACCGAGCCGUUGGAAAGGCGGUUGUGAAUCUGGUGAAAGCUUCAACGGUUCCAUUCAUUGCAACAGAAAGAUCAUAGGAGCAAAAUACUUUGUUGAUGGUCUUGCUGCUGAAUUGGGAGAGUGGAACAGAACAGAGAACCCUGAGUACAUUUCCCCGAGAGAUUUCAACAGUCAUGGCACACACGUUGCUUCAACCAUUGGUGGUUCUUUUACGCCUAAUGUAAGCUAUUUAGGACUCGGAAGAGGAACUGCGAGAGGCGGUGCUCCCGGUAUCCGUAUAGCUAUUUAUAAGGCGUGUUGGCUUCGAACAGGAAGCUGUUCAGAAGCUGAUGUAUUGAAGGCAAUGGAUGAAGCUAUACAUGAUGGUGUUGAUGUAUUGUCACUCUCUUUGGGAUCCAAGGUUCCUUUAUAUCCAGAAACUGAUGUAAGGGAGCUUACCUCUGUGGGAGCAUUCCAUGCGGUUGCAAAAGGCAUUCCGGUCGUAGCUGCAGCUGGUAAUGAAGGCCCGACGGCGCAGACAGUUGCAAAUGUAGCUCCUUGGAUUUUGACCGUAGCUGCAACCACUCUAGACCGUUCUUUUCCCACUGCGAUCACACUUGGGAACAAUAUAACAAUACUGGGUCAAGCAAUCUUCGGCGGUCCAGAACUCGGUUUUGUUGGUCUUGCUUACCCGCUUUCCCGUGACUGCGAGGAGCUUUCUUCUAGUCCAAAUAUUACAAUUGAAGGAAAAGUUGUCUUAUGUUUCACAACAAGAACAAAUGCAGCUAUUACCGCAGUAAGAAAUGCCGGUGGUCUCGGGGUAAUCAUUGCAAGAAAUCCAACUCACUUGCUUAGUCCAUCUGUUAACUUUCCAUCUGUCGCGGUAGACUUCGAGCUAGGGACAGAUAUUCUGUUCUAUAUACGUUCCACAAGAUCUCCCAUUGUAAAGAUACAUGCUUCAAGAACGCUCGUUGGAAACCCCGUUGCGACAAAAGUAGCAACUUUCUCAUCAAGAGGUCCCAAUUCGAUUUCUCCGGCGAUUCUUAAGCCGGAUAUAGCAGCACCCGGUGUGAACAUACUAGCAGCUACGUCUCCCAAUAGCUCGUCUAACGUCAGAGGAUUUGCUUUGAUGUCAGGGACAUCAAUGGCUACUCCUGUAGUUUCAGGAGUUGUAGUGCUCCUCAAAUCAUUACACCCUCAUUGGUCUCCUUCUGCUAUCAAAUCAGCUAUUGUCACCACAGCUUGGAAAACUGAUCCAUCAGGAGAACCGAUUUUCGCAGACGGAUCAAAUCGCAAGCUAGCUGAUCCGUUUGAUUACGGAGGAGGCCUUGUGAAUCCAGAGAAAGCUGCAAAACCAGGUCUCGUAUACGACAUGGCCACACAUGACUACAUCUUGUACUUGUGCUCUGUUGAUUACAGUGACAUUUCCAUUUCCCGAGUCCUCGGAAAAACAACAGUGUGUCCUAGUCCCAAACCAUCAGUUCUUGAUCUCAACUUGCCUUCCAUCACAAUCCCAAACCUGAAAGAUGAAGUCACUCUCACCAGAACCCUCACUAACGUUGGACCAAUCAACUCAGUAUACAAUGUCGUGAUCGAUCCUCCAACGGGCAUUAAUGUGAUUGUUACGCCGACAACACUAGUGUUCAACUCUACAACUACAAAGUUAUCUUUCACAGUUCGGGUUUCGACCACACACAAAGUAAACACUGGCUAUUACUUUGGAAGCUUGUCUUGGACUGAUAAUCUACACAAUGUGGCUAUCCCAGUAUCUGUGAGAACACAGAUCCUGCAACGAUACUACGACGAAAACUGA